AUGGACUUGGAGGUGUUUCGCCUGGCGGCGAAUUACUAUCACAAUUUGCUCAAUGCGGAGUUGCACAUCAACGAAUGGGUGCAGGAAAACUUAAGCAUAGCGGAGCCGCUUUUUAGGUUCAUCAGUGUCCACCUGGAGCCAGGGAGCCUUUUCAAUGUGUUAAUUCCUCUGAUGGGCAUAUUUAGCCAGGAUUUACUAGUACAGCUCCUUUAUAUGACUGGCGUGGUUAGCACAGUGAGUUCUUUUGAGAAAUGGAUGUACCCGGAAUUGCGACCCCUUUGGUGGCUGCGCGAACUUUAUGCAAAUGGAAAUAGAAAUGGCAUCAAGGGUGGCGUUGCUUUGCAGAGUCAUGACUUAAGUUGCGAGACAAGCGGAGGAAUGCCGUGUGCUCAUUCUAUGUCCUUGACGGCUUUCCUAAUGAUUGCCAGCUCGCAUCUGUCCAUUCCGAGCCAACGAAACAGAUGGAGGUUUACUUUAUAUGGUUUAAUAGGAUGUUGCAUAGUAAGUGUGUGGCUGAGUCGGCUCUAUUUGGCCACAGAAUUUCUGCAUCAAUGCUUGUUGGGUAGUUACAUUGCUGUAAGCACUUUGACCAGCUUCGACAGACACUUGGAAUAUUUGUAUAGCCGACGACGAAGAUAGACGGUGACUGUGGUGCUUCUUCUUGGUUGCCUCGCCGUGUCAGUUUAUUUUAUCAAGCUGCGCUUCGGUCUCGAUCCACAUUGGUCUGUGCGACAGAAACCGAAACCAACAGAAAAUCUACCAAAUGUCCAGGGUCAAUUCUAA